GAGGGAGAGAGAGAGAAGGAGAGAGAGGGGCGAGCAAGCGAGCGAAUGAGAGAGAAAGCUUGCAACCACCGUCGUGCACUGUAAUACCGGGUUGUACUUCAACUGGAGUUAGAGGUUUUGCAGGUUUAAGUACAUCAAAACAGAACAAAGAGAAAGAGUCCACAGCAGUAUAAAAGAAACGGCUAAAGCAAACAAACUACACCAAGGAAAAAACCUCAGCGGCUAAAUUGCAAGAGGCAAGGUUCAUUCGCCGAUAUUUUUUUUCACUCCACAAGAGGGAAUUUUAAAAAGGAUUGCGUUUUUCACAGCGAAAGUACAAAAGGUGCACAGCCACCAGAAGUUUGCAGGGGGCGAAACUUUUUUUUUAAUCCAAAUUUCGAUUUACAGGUUUACCAAAUAUCGCAAAUGACUGCACGGGAUUCCAAAGGGCUUCUAAGUGUUGCAUUUUAAAUACAUUGUAUUUAUUGUUUUGCCGAUUAGUAGUCAUUCAUGUUGCUUUAAAAUAGGCUAUAUGAAUAUUGUAAACACGAGAAUAUUGGAUUUUGACGGAUUCUGUUUAAUUUUCUCCUACUUUUUGUCUUUCAACGGAAAUCGAUGGUAUAAGCCAAAUACUACCCCGACUUUUAAAGUUUGAAUAAUUCAUGGAAUAGAAUUUGCCUGCUUGAGGAAAAAAAGUUAUAUAAAAGAGGGAGGGGGUUAAUCAACGGACAUAUUCAUAAGGGUUAACGGAAUGGCCACAGCGGCUUCCAAUCCCUAUCUACCCAGCAGUAGUAUUCUAUCGUCAGGCUCGAUCGUGCAUUCAGACUCUGGAGGCGGUGGUAUGCAGCCGGGCAGCGCUGUCGCUACUUCGGUGUCCGGCGGGUACAGAGGGGAUCCCACUGUAAAGAUGGUACAGAGCGACUUUAUGCAGGGAGCCAUGGCGGCGAGCAACGGGGGUCAUAUGCUGAGCCAUGCACAUCAGUGGGUUACGUCGCUGCCUCACGCCGCCGCCGCUGCAGCUGCGGCCGCAGUGGCAGCGGCAGAAGCCGGAUCGCCCUGGUCGUCGAGCCCUGUCGGAAUGACGGGCAGCCCUCAGCAGCAGGACGUCAAAAACAAUUCGGGCAGGGACGAUCUACACACGGGCACGGCGCUGCACCACCGGCCCCCGCAUCUAGGGUCGCACCAGACUCAUCCAGGGGCUUGGGGUGGUACCACGGCCGCUCACAUCCCCUCCAUAGCUGGCGGACAGCAGCAGCAGUCGCUGAUUUACUCCCAGCCAGGAGGUUUCACGGUGAACGGGAUGCUGAGUCCCCCGGGGAAUCAGAGCUUGGUGCACCCUGGUCUGGUGCGAGGGGACACGCCGGAGCUCGACCACGGAAGCCACCACCACCAUCACCACCACCAGCAUCAGCACCACCAGCAGCCGCACCACGGCGGAGUGAGCGGCCACGACCCGCAUUCCGACGAGGACACGCCGACGUCGGACGACCUGGAGCAGUUCGCCAAGCAGUUCAAGCAGAGGCGGAUCAAGCUGGGCUUCACCCAGGCUGACGUCGGCUUGGCGUUGGGAACCCUCUAUGGGAACGUCUUCUCGCAGACCACGAUCUGUAGGUUCGAGGCUCUCCAGCUGAGCUUCAAAAACAUGUGCAAGCUGAAGCCAUUAUUAAACAAAUGGCUGGAGGAGGCGGAUUCGUCCACCGGGAGUCCGACCAGCAUCGACAAGAUAGCGGCGCAAGGCAGGAAGCGAAAGAAGCGCACCUCGAUCGAAGUCAGCGUCAAGGGAGCUUUGGAAAGUCACUUCUUGAAAUGUCCAAAACCCUCGGCGCAGGAGAUCACAUCUCUUGCGGACAGCUUGCAGCUGGAGAAAGAGGUGGUUCGAGUCUGGUUUUGCAAUCGGAGGCAGAAAGAGAAAAGAAUGACGCCCCCGGGAGUGCCGCAGACGCCGGAGGAUGUGUACUCGCAGGUCGGCAACGGACAUUUUGUAGUAGAUUACUUAAAAGAUGCAAGUUUAACUGGGCCCAGUGACGCAAACGACCAGAGGGUGACAACUACAAGUUCGUUCCAUCAGGUAAUUUUGGCGCACUAACAACAUCAACACGAAAACAAAAACCAAGUGUAAAAAAAAUCAGUAUCUUUCUAUUUCCUCCUCUGCCGUCCCUCCAUUUGAUUUUUUUUUUUGUCGUGAGGAAAAGGAAGCUGUAUUUACGCAGUAAACAAAAAGGGACUGUCCAAAGCAAACAAAGAAAGAAAACGCGACAUCAACAAGAGAAGAGAAAUCGAUGAAUCUUUUUUUUUUCGAGGAGGAUUGCAUGGCUCGAUAUUUCAAAAAAAAGAAAAAAAAAGAAAAAAACUGAAUUGGGGUUCUUGAACCUUCCCCUCCCCUCCACCCCAAAAUAAAAAUAAUAAUAUCAGGACUGCUCUGCCCCUUCGCCCUUCUUCCACCACCAAGAUCUCAAAGAUCGAUUUUUUUGAGUAUUUCAUUUUGUGGACCGACUCCCAUAAGUUGAAUUUUUAAAGAAAAGAAGAAAAAAUAAUAAAAAUAAAUUUAAAUGACUGACUAUAUACAGCUGCACUUAUCUGAAUUUUUUUCGCUCUCUGAAAAUCCAUUGCCAAGCGUGACUGAAUGGGUGCUGUGGAUGUUACUAUGAUUAUGCUGCCAUUUCCAAGCAGUAUUCUUUGGUAGGUUUUAAUAAAGACUCUGUAAA